AUGUCAGCCAUCCAAAAGCAAGUCGAAGCCGCUUCUGAAGAAUACUCGUCUUCCUUCACGAAAGGCGACCUCGCUCUCCCGCCAGCGAAGAAGUACUUGGUCCUGACAUGCAUGGACGCGCGCAUCGAUCCGGCGAGGGCGUUCGGGAUUGAGCUUGGUGACGCUCAUGUCAUCAGAAAUGCCGGUGCCAUUGCAGAGGAUGCUCUUAGAAGCAUUGUCAUUUCCGAGCAGCUGCUUGGCACUACCGAGGUCAUCCUAGUCAAGCACACAGGCUGCGGGAUGUUGACCUUCAAGAACAAAGAUGCAUACGACGUCGUGGAGCAGAAUCUUGGAGGUGAGGCAACAGCCGAGCUAAUCUCCCGGAACAUCGAUUUCCUGCCGUUCCCAGAUCUCGACCAAGCCGUGAAGGACGAUGUCAAGUUUCUCCAGAAUAGCAAGCUUGUGCCUGACCGUGUCACCAUUAGCGGGUGGGUGUACGAGGUCGAGACAGGCAAGACGAGGCGUGUUGUGUGA